CUUUAAAAAUUUCAUAGACAUCUACCUAAGAAUUAAAGAAUGGGAGGAAAAGGCGGUAGCGGUGGUGGUGGGAAAGGUGGUGGCGGUGGUGGUGGUGGUGGAGGGAAAGGUGGUGGUGGUGGCGGCGGCGGUAGUGGAGGAGGUAGGAGCGGUGGUGGUGGCGGUGGGGGAGGAGGGAAAAGUGGUGGCGGUAGUGGCGGAGGCUACAUGGUGGCUCCGGGGAGCAAUGGUUCUUCUUACAUUUCAAGAGAUAACUUUGAGAGUGAUCCUAAAGGUUACUUUGAUAAUCUGCAUGGCAGUGGACAGGGUAGCAAGUGACUUUGGUCUCUUUAUUUCACUAUUUAUGCAUUGAAGAUGGUUAUUAUUACCGAAUAAAUUAUCUAAUGAUCAAAUAAAAUAAGAGCUUCUAAUUCA